AUGGUUUCUCCUGAUGAGCGUAGACUUGAAAAUGCAGAAUAUAAAAAAAAUUUUUAUGUGGAUGGCCAAAAACUGUUUUGUACAUUUUGCCAACAUGUUGUAGACUACACAAAAAAAUCUACAUUGGACUCACAUUUAAAAUCUGAUAAACAUAAAAGUAAUAUUAUUAAAACAGAAAAAUUAAAAUUGACUCGCCAAACAACUCUUGAUAUAGCUAGUAUUAGUUCAAAUGAACGAGAGCUUAUAAAUAUAGCUUUAGUAAAUGCAUUUACUAAAGCUGAUAUUUCUUUAUAUAAAGUUGAUAAGCUUAAAGAUUUUUUUUUAGAAAAUUGUAGAAAUG